UCUGGUUAUUGCCCCUUGACCCAUCCACCAUCUUGAAUUUUCCGCGUAAAGCUUGCUGGGAAGUUUCGUCGUCGAUUCAACAUGCCGGCCGUUAGUGGUUCGUAUUCUUCUACAAAAGAAGACCCUAGAAGGCCUAAUAAGAUCUUCCGUUACAAGCCAGUGACUAUCAAGCCUACAGAUGAUCCAACAGCAGAGUAUAUGAACAUUCUAGGGAUGAUAUUCAGUAUGUGUGGGCUUUUGAUGAAGCUUAAAUGGGCAGCAUGGGCAGCUGUAUACUGUUCAUUUAUUAUGUUUUCCAACUCACGCUCAUCAGAAGAUACCAAGCAGAUGUUUAGCAGUUUUUUAUUAUCUGUAUCAGCUGUUGUGAUGUCAUAUCUACAAAAUCCUCAACCAAUGGCUUCAACAUGGUAGCAGAGAAGUCAUUUUUUUUUUUAACUCAUCCAGUGGAGUUGACAGCCUGUGUUUUAGCCUCAUCCAGAUCAGGAAUGACUUAUUUGUCAUAUCUUAACAGCAAACCAAAGAUAUUUUAAAGCAAGUGUCACUUCAGAAAACAUCUAAGUAAUGAUGUAAUAGGACCCAAAGCAUGUACAUUUAAUUCUUUGACUGGCCAAGAAUGAAGGUCAGUUGAUUUCAGGUCUGUGCACUGUAAACUUCUUGAUGCAAUCUAUACCUUUUGUCCCUUAAGUUCCUCUGUUAACCCCUUAACUCCCAGAUCAACAUGUAAACUCUCCCUAUAAUAUCCAUACAUUAUCAAGCAAACAGGUAAUGAGAAUACUCAAACUUAUCAAAUGGAAGUGAUAUUGAUCCAACACGAAAAUCUUGUAACUAACUAAAAAGGAAAUUUGUAGGAACUAGAGAGGAGAAUUUACAAUCAGAUCUCUCAAGUUAAAGUGUUAAAGUGACUUUCAAAUAAGGAGGUACUGUGUAGGAUGUACAGAAAAAGAUAGAGUUUAGCUUCUUAGUCUAAAACUUUCUUUGAAGAGAUUGGUAUUUCAUUCUGUUGUCAAUAAAUUUCUUUUCAGAAACGUGACUUGACAUGAUUUCUCUUUCCACAUUGCAUACAUGAAAAGAAUAUCAUUGUUCUUAAAGGUCUAGCAUAUGUUUCAGACUAAAUAUUUCAUUUUUAUUUUGUCUGAAUAACUGAUGGAAAUGGUUUAUACCAGCAAUGAUUUCUAUAAACGUUAAAUCGAGGCCACUCUAUUUAAUGAUUAUCGUAAUUUCUCUUGGCCAAUUCAUCAUUUUUGUUUACUUACCAAUUACGUGAAAAGCUUUAACACGUGGACUUAUAUAGAUGAUGUAAGGGGCCUUUUUUCAGUAGCUCUAGUUCAGCUUUACAGAGCUAGCAUACAGGUUUUCAGUAAAUUAAACUAAGUCACCUUUGGUCACUAAGAGUGCAAGCGAGAACCGCUGUUUUACGUACGAUUAUCGUAAAUAAAUUAUCGUUAAUCACA